GGAGAACGAAGGAGGGGGAGAGACUGCCAGAGAGGAAGAGAAAAGAAAGGAAGAAACACUAGAAAGAAAAAGGAAGAGGGGAUAAAGGGAGAUCAAUCAUUUACCCUUAAAUAGCUAGACUGAGGGGGGGGAGGGGGGGAAGAAGGCCGUGGAAGGUGUGCCCUAGCACGACUGCUUUGAAGUGUUCAUCAUCAUUCCCUUUGGUUUAUGGAGAAAAAGAAAAUGGUAACUCAGGGUAACCAGGAGCCAACAACAACUCCUGAUGCAAUGGUUCAGCCUUUUACUACCAUCCCGUUUCCACCUCCUCCACAGAACGGAAUUCCCACAGAAUAUGGAGUGCCACACACUCAGGACUACGCCGGCCAGACCAGUGAACAUAACCUGACACUCUACGGCAGUACACAAGCCCACGGAGAGCAGAGUAGCAACUCGCCCAGCACACAAAACGGAUCUCUCACGACAGAAGGCGGAGCACAGACAGACGGCCAGCCGUCACAGACACAAAGUAGUGAAAAUUCAGAGAGUAAAUCUACCCCUAAACGGCUGCAUGUCUCUAAUAUCCCUUUCCGCUUCCGGGACCCCGAUCUCCGACAGAUGUUUGGGCAAUUUGGCAAAAUCUUAGAUGUAGAAAUAAUCUUUAAUGAACGUGGCUCCAAGGGAUUCGGGUUCGUAACUUUCGAGAAUAGUGCUGAUGCAGACAGGGCCAGGGAGAAAUUACACGGCACCGUGGUAGAGGGCCGUAAAAUCGAGGUGAAUAAUGCUACAGCACGUGUAAUGACCAAUAAGAAGAUGGUCACACCAUAUGCAAAUGGUUGGAAAUUAAGCCCAGUAGUUGGAGCUGUAUAUGGCCCCGAGUUAUAUGCAGCAUCCAGCUUUCAAGCAGAUGUGUCCCUGGGCAACGAAGCGGCAGUGCCCCUAUCAGGAAGAGGGGGUAUUAACACUUACAUUCCUUUAAUCAUUCCUGGAUUUCCUUACCCAACUGCAGCCACCACGGCGGCCGCUUUCAGAGGAGCCCAUCUGAGGGGCAGGGGGCGGACGGUGUAUGGUGCAGUGCGAGCGGUACCUCCAACAGCCAUUCCCGCCUAUCCAGGUGUGGUUUACCAGGACGGAUUUUACGGUGCUGACCUCUAUGCCGGAUAUGCAGCCUACAGAUAUGCACAGCCUGCUACUGCAACCGCAGCCACGGCUGCUGCAGCCGCUGCCGCCGCUUACAGCGACGGUUAUGGCAGGGUGUACACAGCUGACCCCUACCAUGCCCUUGCCCCUGCCGCUAGCUAUGGAGUUGGCGCUGUGGCGAGUUUAUACCGAGGUGGCUACAGCCGAUUUGCCCCCUACUGAAGUGACGUGAGACCCUGCAAGUGGGACAGCCCCCAGUUCAUGAGGCCUGGCUAUUGCAAUAUUUACUAGUAGAGGAACUCUAUAGCAAGAUGAAGAGGAAAAACAAACAAAACAAAACAAAAAAAAAAACACAAAAAAAGAGAGAAUACUUUUUUAUACCUCACUAUGUUCUUUGAAUAUGUAUUUUUCCUUUAAAUUUCUGCCUUUAAUUCUUUUGUUCCAAAGAUUGUGCAUUUUUUCUUUUUUUUUUCCUUUUUUUUAACUGUGGUAAAAAAAACAAAAUGCAUUUCCAUGUCUGUAUGUCCGUGCUUAGCUUUCUGUCAAUCACGGAAGAGGCAAUUAAUGAGGGAGGAGAGAGAUUAGGAACUGAGAACUGUGUCUGAUCAGAAAUCAGCAGACAGAAUUACCAAAGUGUAUCUGGUGCUGGCCGGCGGGGGGACACACAGAAGCGGGAGAGAUCUUUCUGCAACAGGAUAGUCUUCUAGUCUUCUGAGUUUCUGGUCUUUGGCAGGCAAUUCUGAUUGGUUGUGGCUGGAACCCACAUGCUAAUGGAUGAUAGGAAUUUGUGCUUGCCAAGCAGGAGAAUUAAAAAUUCACUUUCCUCUCCUCUUCCCUCCUGUCUUCUCCAUUCUUUUUACAAUCAUCUUACAUGCACAGCCUGAGACAGUUGGCAGAGUUUUUGGAAUUAUAAUAUUAAUAUUUCCAAACUUGCUCUCAGACUGUGGAUAAUAAACACCUCAUUAGGAAACGAAUCUCAGAAUGAACUCUGGAGUAUGAAAAAGAUUCUUUUCUUUCUUGCCAUCCUAGCAAACAGCUUAGCUCAUCUAUCCUUUUAUGAACACCCUGCCCCAUGUCCUCAAGAUUCAGGAAUUUAGGACCCAGGGACAGAAAAAUAAAUAAAUAGCUAGUGGCCAGCUUUCUUCCCGGACAUGGUUUGAGGAUGAAGUACAACCUGUCAAGAGCCAGUACAGAGGGUCGAGAGAAGAGAAAGGAUGUUAGGCCGUGUCUGCAAGGCACUCUGAUACUCCCGAUCUUCCUCUUUCAUCAGAAAUUCAGUGCAGAGUGCAGGACAGAAUGAAGACUUGGCAAGAGACAAGCACCGCGUCCUGGGUCAGCUGUCCCUGGAAGGCUUGGUGGCCAGGGCCUGUCAGGGCGGCGAUGGCACUGUACUAGCUCCAAAGCCAUAGGAAUGUCAUCCUCCAGAGCCUUUGUGAGUCACUUCUCUCUCCAGUCUUGAGCCCCUGUGGCCCUUCCACCCAGCUUCUCAUUAUCCUCCAAAGACCCCAGCUGAGCACCUGGACCAGUUGGUAUUUGUGAACACUACAGGACAGAAAGCACGAAGCCCCGAGGCUGCUCUCCCGUAGAAAAGGAGGCAGAGAUGGCCAGGAGUUACGGGGCAGCCCGUGCAGUGGGUCACUGCUGUUGCUGCCUGCCUUCCCCUGUGUGUGUGAUCGAGGUAGGGAAGAAAGUGUUUCUCUUCUAGCUGUUAGCUGUUACCGAUAGAGGCAAGGGUCUUGCCUUUGCAGCAUGAAGGCAUAGAAAACAGAAAAGCACUGUCUGUCUGGCUCCCUGGUCUAUUCACAUUGGUACUAGGGUGACCUUUCACCCCAGGGAUUCAAAGACACGGAGCUUCCGGUGUGUUAUGGGUUUGGUUUUGGUUUUUUAACUCCUGCCUCCACACAUGUUCUUAACUGAUAACUGAUUCGUGUCCCUGAAUUAAAGUGACUGACAUACGACAGCAUCAAGCAUUCUUUGUAUGCAGAGGCUUGUAUCUGGGAGGAACUGGCCAGUCGGAUAGCAUACAUGUCUCUCCCCUUGGGGGUCCUCUGCCCUAGCAACUGGGAGAGAGGCUGACCCUGAAACUAGGGGAGACAUCAUGGAAGCUAGAGGCCUCGAUGCAAUUCUUGUUGAUUCUGGGGAUUGUGUAGAAUAGGGGACACCAAACUGCCCAGUCCACUGGCCACUUAAGGGUUCUCCUCCCCAAGCCAAAGUUUGGUUUGUUGCUGUGAAGACAGUUUUUGUUGUGUGUAUAUAAAUCUUUUAGUUAGCGGUGGGGGGUGGGAAUUUCUAGAGAAUGGGGGCAGGAGGAUUUCUUUUUCUUACUUUCUUUUGUUUUGAGGGAGAGCUUUUACUGACUAAAGGAACCGAGAGAGAUUUCGUGCCAUGUUCCAAGAGGGCCAUUCUCACAGAAUGGCAAGACACCCCUUGGAGACAAGGCCACAUUCUGAACAGCUGUGUCCGCAGCAGGAAGGAGGGCAGUGAGCUUGAGAGUCUUGUCUUCUCUUCCCCAGAAAGGGAUGAGGGUGAAGGGAAGGGUGGAGAAGGCAGCUCCCAUGACCCCUUUAAGAGGCAGAGCUUGAGCGGGAGCUACCCUUUGUGCAUUUCAGUUCAGCUGGUUCUGGCUGAGGACCCCAGGCAAGCUCCGUGUUCUCCGAGGGCUUCUGCUGCCUUCCAGGCGGUGGUAACACGGCUCCCUCUAACUCCUUCCUGAGCAAGACCAGAUGAGUUCUGCUUCUCACUAUCGGGCCUCUAGUUUUGGGUAUCCACACUAAGAAGCAGGGCUCGGAAACCCCUGGAUUUGGCAGUAUUGGCCUCCCAUCCACCUUUGAACUUGGAGACUCCAUCAGAGGCAGGUUCCUCAAGGCAUCAGAGCUUGUCCAUUCCUGGCUCGAGUCCCCACUGGACAGCCGAGUCAGAAGAGUGUUUGGCAUCUUGUGAGUUCGUUAGCGCAUGCUGGUUGAUAAUUCCUAAAAACACUGAUGCUGAGUCGCCGUGCAGGAGAGAUUUCAGCAGCUUACUUAGCUCAUGACGUGGACUUUCUAUACUAAGCAUCUUACUCUUAGAAGCUGGGCUCCUUCGAGGAGACCCCUAGUGGAGAUCUUUAUCUAAACAUGCCUCUUUCCCCCCAGAAUCCCUAGUGUUACCCAGCGCAGCUCCCCAGGACCCGGAUCAGGGUCAUCUGUGGCCAUUCGUCCUUUCUGAGGCUCAGGUUUCACAAAACCUACCAUCACCCUUAUCCUCCAACAGCCACAGUCAGAACGGAGCCUCUUAUUUUCCUUCAAAAGGAAGGGGGCUGGGGCUCAGCUCUUAGUUCAAGGGGAGCUAGUGGAGAUCUAUUUCCUAGAAAUAAAGGAUAGCAGCUUUUCUUCACAAGUGUGACUCCUCAGGGGCUGAACUGCUCUUUGUGUAGGUUAGACUCUCCUAGAGGUAGCCGGUCAGUCGGUGAGUCGCCAUCACCCAGUGACUAAUCACGUAGCUUCCAGGUAGGAGGGAGGUGGGAACUUGGGAUGGAAGCAGCUCCGAGGAUCUGCGGGGCGGGCUUGAUCACCCCCCUGCCCUCCGGCAGGAGAACGAGGCCAAGCGAGGGACAGUCUGGAAGGCACUAGACACGUAAGGAGGGAACGGGGACGGUGUCCGAACCCUCCCCUUUCGCCAAGGCCGGCCGCUUCUCUGCUGCUUGCAACCCUUUAGCACAGUAACAUUGGCAGAAUUCCAGAUUUUACCCCCACCCUCACCCCACCCCCGGAUAAUAGGAGGAAAGAGACCUUGGGGGGUAGGGAAGAGGUAGUGGUGUUUUAAAAGCAUAAGUUACUUGUUUGCACUGUUUUAAGAUAGGAAAAAAAUAGUGGGCAAGGUGAACAUCAAACGUAAAUUUGUGUGUUUUUAUUUUGUCUUGCUCUUGAAAAUGUUUGACCAUUUGUAGUGUACACAGUGAAACUUGAUUCUCUGUUGCAUAAAACACUAUUUUAUUUUAUUUUUUGAAAAUGUUACUGUUCAAAAGCCUCUUCCCUCCCUUUCCCCUUUCCUCUGUACUUCCUUCAUACUUGCUUUACUGAUCAACCAGGCCAUAGCCAUCCAAGUGCUAGCUCUUAGUGUAAGGGGAGCUAGCAGAGCAUGAAGCAGGGCCCUUCGCAAGUCGGCUCCGGGUGUCCUAAGCCAGCACGUGCCCUCUGGUGGAGUGAGUGUGGCGGAGUCCCUGGCACCAGUCUUUACAGUGAGACUUGCAGACCAGACUACAGCCGGUUCUCAAAUUCCUGAAUCCCACGAGGAGCCGAGGCGCAGGAGUGCUGGAGGGUCGCAGUUGGCUGUGGGGGCUGAGUUCCCGUCCACGUCACCAGCACUGCAGCCAGUUAGUUACUCAGGAAAACGGUCGAUCACUUCAGCCAUGGUGGUGCUGGUUGGCAGGGAUCGGUAACAGAACGUCCAUCAGCCAACAUUCAACCUUGCCUUUAAGGAGCCUGCCAGUGCGGCACUCAGGCCUCUGUCGGCAUGCGCCCUGUGUGCCGGCGGUGAGGGCUCAGGUCACACUGCAGGCAGAAAGGGAACAUUGGUUCUCUUCUCUCUCCCCACCCCCUGUCCCUGUUAGCAACACCAGAUUCCCAGGGGGGUCCACGAGUUUUUGAAUUAAAAAAAAAAAAUGGUUUCUUUUGGUUUAGUUUUUCUGGGGACUAAGUGCUUUAAGCAAUGUCGGUACCCCAUCAAGACUCCGAGCUUAGUCAUUUUCCUGUAUUUUUCUGUUCACAGUAUUUGUGUGUGUGUGUGUGUGCUUGUUUUGGCAGCUCAUUUUGGCUGUAUUAUAUAUCGAGUGAUGAAUUGAUCCUCUUUUUUCCCUAAGGGAUAUGAAUUGUUUUUCUUGUGUUAUAAUUCUGCUUGUGAAAAGCUGGAGCAAACCUGGGGCUGACACACGUAAGCUAGGGCUGCAGAGCUGAGAGCCAGGGUCCCUGUUCCCGGCAGGCGGGCCCCCUGAGUCUCUGAGCUCUUCAGUCCAAAUCUUUGCAAGGCUCAAAACGCCACAGCACCUCUCCUCCCACCCCCGUGGCAGGGACUGAACCGUCCUCCACGCCACAUGCACUCUCUGGCCCCUCCCAUUGCCAUGGCAAACAGGUACCUUCGGGGCACGGGGGCAUCACGUGGGAUGCUUGUGUAACUGACCACCUCGCCUUCUCUCCCUCCCCUCCCCUCCCCGGAUCACUUCCUAGGACCCCCGAGCUGCUCGCCCAGGGUCCCGUUUCCCUGCGGACUCCAGAGAAGCACCCAGGGCUUUGUGACAGCCUCUGACUCCCUCCCUUCUCGUUAAGAAUCAUAUUGUAUAGUAGCUUUCAGACCAUACAGUAUUCAUUGGGUUACUCCUAUUAUUAUCAAGUAGCUGGAAUUGUGAAGGUCGGAGUAGUUAGAUCUUUAGCUUUUAUUCCUUAUUUUUUUUUGUAUUACUAUCCAUGUGUAUAAAUUAUUGAUCAUGUUGCUGGCUUUUAUAAACUCUACGCGAAGGGGGAGCACCGCCUCUGCCUUUGCCAAUGGUAAUGAAGCACUGUUUUUAAAUAAAAGAGAGAAACACCA